CUUCUACCAAUCAUGUCUGAGAACGGUUCGCUGCAGUGCUGGGGAAGCCUCACCAUUCGACCGUAAACUUAAUGCCAGGAACCUAGCUCGAGGUAUUAAUAUUGCUGUUGCCAGAUGCAACAUAGGGCUUCACGGCAACUACGUACCAUUGUCGAUAACGUGCCAGAUCAGCAGAUCUUGUGAAAUUCCGGUUAUUUUCUUCUCAUGGCCACGGAGAAACGUUAAACCAUCCUCAGUAGAACUAGACUGUUUCCAUGCAAAUGGAACUCCCCAUUCCCGAGCCCUGCUUCUCUGUCAAGCAGAGUUAAACGUUGUACGGCAGGGUUUGAGGGUCAAGAUUAUAUGAGGAACGAGGCUCACCGUGCCUUCUAGAGAUACACGGCGACUCUCCCAUUCAUCUUCCUUCACGGUGUUGGCCUCAGGAUGACGUUGCCGCUCCUAGUCAAGCCUCGCCUUCGCCUCGACCCCGGUGCAUUGCUACCGUCAUCGAGCUUCGUGCAGGCUGCGGGGCUCGGCAGUCGUCUUCAAACUUCGUAUUCACACUGUCACGUAUCUAGCUUCCGCUCAUUACUUUUGGAUAUGCAACUAUAUAGCCCCUCUAUUAAAACGGUCAAGCAGGCUGGGCUUGGCGGAAUGAUCUCUUGCCCAGUCUUCGGAGAUCAUGAUAAGGUCGAAGGCAAAGUGAUCCUGGGUCCUGACUGCUCACAGAACGGUCGGCUGAACAUAUCUAUCGAAGGCGUGUUUGAGUAUGUCUCCGUAAAGGAGGAUCUAGACGACGAAUCUGCCCAGGGACCUAAAACUUCGAAAUACAGGCAUAUAUUCUUAUCGUCCUCUGCCGUUAUUCCUAUUUCACCUAUCCCUGACCCGUUCUCUGUUGUUUGCGACGUGUUUGGGGUAUCACAACUUCCCGGUGACUCGAGUUUGAAUGGACCUGCGUCUAGAUCAUGCGAGUUCAGCUUCGAAAUUCCUCGCGGUAGUCGACUGGGGGAAGAGAUGCCCCCCACCUUCUGUGCUUCGAUACCUUGCGACAACAGGCGAGGGAGCCCGUCUAUUGUGGAGAAGGCUGAAGUGUCUUAUCGCGUUACUGCAGUGUGGGAGCCCUUAGAUAUGUCGGAGACCAGCGGGAUGCUGGAAGUUCCCAUUCUUUUUCAUCCGGACACAGACUUUCAGUCUAUUGACGGUUCCAAUAUCGCGCCAGAAUUAUGGCUCGAAAUGCCUCUUACACCAGAGCGAUGUGUUCCAUUUCAUUGCGCUGUAACUCUGCCGCGCCCGCAAUCAUUUUCUCGACGUACCUCUGUCCCAUAUUUUGUUGUAUUCACAACAAAAGCUCGAUGUGCCAUACUUGCCCGAGAAAUCGCCGCCGAUGCCACCAUUGCUAUUUCCCUAGUCCGUAAAAUUACCAUCAAGCCCCAGUUACCCCCUACUUUCCCUGACACCACACAACUCAGUGAUGAUUCAGAUAGUCCGUCAGGCCCUUUUUCAACGCCACGGACCAAGCUCCUAAAGCGCACACCAAAGCCGGCUGGAACUGCAGUAGUUCACGUACCAAAGUCCCCUGAAGAGCCUUUCUCAGCUGCUGUCCGGUACAAACCACUCCCUGAAUUACGACAAGCCUUCUCAGAAACUCAUACUUUGAAAACGCAAGUGUCUGUUGGAUUUCCAAAGCGGCCCCGUCAUCCUAAUGGCUCUAGUGGUUCUGAAAGCCAGACGUAUCUGCCUGAUGGCCUGUAUAAGGGCAAAUUCUGGUUGUCGAAGGAUAUGAUACCAGGAGUCGAUUGGCCUGGUGUUAGCGUUAAGUAUUAUUUGGACGUCACUGUUCUCUUUCGGCAGGAUGCGUUAAGGGCUUGCGUUCCUAUUCGAGUUUUCUGAGGCAUUCAACUAGCAACCCGCUAUCUAGAUCUCCGUUCAUUCAAAAGUACUGUCUGUUUUUCGUCGUUGUGGAUUGUCUGAUCAAAGUUAACCUGGGUAUUCGUCACUUUAUUGGAUUAAUAUUAUUAUCAAGUACACAUCAUCAAUAUACAAACUGUAUUAAUACCAUGCAUACAUCUCGACGUCAGCCCAGCCCAGCCUUGAUGACCUUGCAGGUGACAGAUUGUUCUGGUGUGACCCCAGUGCUCGCGCUGGACACUGGACAAUUCAAAUUGAA